AUGCCGGCAGGGGCCCUGCGCCAGGCGGCUGUUCUCCCCCUGGACGACUUGUUCGCCUCGCCCGGCGCCGCGCCAUCGCUACGCGCGCGGCUGGCGGGGUACAAUCUAGAGGAGCCCGCCGCCGCCGCGCCCGGCGCCCGCCUCCCGCCGCGGCGAGGAGGCCCCAGGACGGCCUUCGAGGACGCGGGCGGCGGCGGUGCCCCAGCGGCCGGCGGCGGCGGAGACGCCGGGGCAGCAGGUGGUGCGGGCGACGGUGGCGGCGGAGGAGGCGGCAAGGACGGCGGCGGUGGCGACAAGGACGGGGGCGGCCAGCCCUCGGGCAAGACCCUGACCUACACCACGCCCUCGGGCAAGAAGAUUACCGUCAGCGGCAAGAGCUUCAACGCCUGCGUGCAGUCGUGCAAGACCGCCGACUACAGCGGCAGCGGCGGCGCCAUGGGCAUGAUGGGGAGCGCGGUGGACGGCGGAAGCCAGGCGAGCAUCCAGGGGUGCGCGACGUUCUGCCGAGCGGAGUUUGAGCUCUUCUGCUUCCCGGGCGACAGCGUGGUCGUGGCCAAGAACCGCGGGCGCGUGCCGCUGGCGGAGCUCCGGGUCGGCGACGUGGUCCUCGCAGUUCGAGGUUGGGAGGGCACCAGCGCGAGCCCUUCGCUGUGCUACGACCCGGUGAUCGCGUUCAUCCACCACGAGCCAGACGUGGAGGGCGAGACGCUUCAAAUUCGUCAUUCGCUCGGCCAGGUCCAACUGACGGCGAACCACCUCCUCUUCACACAGAGGCAGGGCGGCGGCGGCACCGUGCCCGCCCUCGCGUCCGAGGUGCGCGUGGGCGACCGACUGCUGGCGCCCUGGGUGGACGGCGGCUUCGCCACGCCGGAGGUCCUGGAGGUGAAGCGCGAGUGGAAGCGGGGUUUCUAUGCCCCCCUCCUCGAGGGCGGCACGCUUCUGGUCGACGGCACUGCGGCAUCCUGCUACGCCGUGCCGCGCAACCUGGCCGAGACCCCGGCGUAUCGGCGCGCCGCGGAGCUGCUCGACGGCGCCGGCGCCCACGCCCUGUGCCACGCCAGUUUCCUGCCAAUGCGGCUCCUGUGGCGGAUGGCACACCGCGGAGGGCUGGAGCUGGGCGGGAAGGCGGCUCUGCAAGCGAAGGGGGCUAUGCACCCCGACGGCAUCCACCCGUACGCCUGGCUGAUGUACGUGGCCACCUCGUCCUUCGUUGCCUGA